AUGAAUUACAUUGAUAAUGAAUUUGUCAACUCUAUGUCCAAAAACCAAUCUUAUCUUGUUCCAGAUCCUGACAAUCUUCCAGUGGGGAUGACAUUUCCCACAAAAGAUGUGGCAAUGCAGUGUGUAAAAGAAUAUCAUAUGCACAAUUCUACGAGCUUCGUCGUUGCACAUUCUGAUAGCACUAGAUGGAUUGUCCAUUGUAAAAAUAAAAAUUGUAUGUGGAGGUGUAGAAUCUUGAAUGGAAAGAAAUCAAACAUUUGGAAGAUCACAAAACUAGAAGGGCCACGCACAUGCUCAUCAACAAUGGUUUCACAAGAUCACCAACAACUCUCUUCGGCUGUUAUUUGUGAAAGCAUCUUACAAAUAGUAACAGCAAAACCCACAAUAUCAGUUUCAGUAUUGAUUGCACAUAUACGAUCUCGGUACACAUAUACCACUACUUAUAGAAAGACAUGGAUUGCAAAACAAAAGGCCAUUGAGAGAAUAUACGGUACUGUUACCGAUAUUGAAGUGGGGCCCUUUAUUGAGGAUGGCCAACGAGUUCCUAGCAAAGCUGUCUUUCAUCGUCUCUUUUGGAGUUUCCAACUAUGUAUCAGAGGGUUUGAUCAUUGUAAACCAGUUGUUUCAGUUGAUGGAGCAUGGUUAUAUGGGAAGUAUCGUGGGACCUUACUAAUGGCAAUCGCUCAGGAUGGUGAUGGUCUUACCAUUCCUAUAGCAUACGCCAUUGUUGAGGGUGAAACAUCAGAUGGUUGGUUUUUCUUCCUCAGUCGUCUACGAAUGUUUGUCACACCUCAACCCAACCUCUGCUUGAUUUCAGAUAGACAUGAGUCGAUUAAAAGUGCUGUUAGGCGUGUAAACAACAAUUGGCAUCAUGUCUUUUGCGUUCGACAUAUAUCACAAAACUUCAUGAGGACCUUCAAAAAUGGGCUAAUGAAAGAUAUUGUAACCAACAUGGCUUUUGUUCAUUCAGGAUACGCUAUGACUCAACCAAGCAUCACAUACUUUAGAAGACAAAUCAGUGAUUGGAGUCAAGAUGCAGUGAAAUGGCUCGACGAUAUUCCAAAGGAACAAUGGCUACAAGCAUAUGAUGAAGGUAGACGUUGGGGACACAUGACAACUAACCUUUCUGAGUGCAUGAACAAUGUAUUAAAGGGGACACGCAAUCUUCCAAUCAGUUCUUUAGUGCAAGCAACAUAUUACAGAGUGACUGCAAAAUUUGAAGAAAGAGGGACACAUGCCCAAGCAAUGAUGACAUCAGUUAAGGAGUUGGUUCGUCCACCAAACGGUCGUCUUGUAGAGACAUUCAAGGUAGACCUCGACAAAAGAUGGUGCGAUUGUGGUGAAUUUCAAGCAUUACACUAUCCAUGUUCACAUGUCAUUGCUGCUUGUUCGUUUAUUCACUGUGACUACAUGAUGUAUGUGUCUUCUAAGUAUACAUUGCAAUGUAUCUUUGACGUUUACAAAGAAGAGUUCCCAGCAAUUCCUAUUCAAUCAUAUUGGCCAGAAUACAAUGGAAUAGAGUUGUGCCACAAUCAAGCCAUGAGAAGAGAUCCAAAAGGUCGUCCACAGUCUACUCAACCAUCAUCGUCGAUGACGUCUUCCCGACUUAUCAAUCAGAUAUCUACCCUGAUUGUGGUGUCUUUCACCAUUUUCACCAUCACGACUCCUGAUUUGAUUUCGACAGCACUGAGGCAAUCAUCAUUUGAACUUCGAGGACAAUUUCAAUUAAAGAGAAAGGGAAUGAUAGAUGGUCUCUCUUUACAAUAA